CUCUCUGAGGCUGGCUGGCGGAAGUGAGCUGUGUAAGGUUGGUUGGCGGAAGUGAGGGCAACUCGGUAGGCAGAUGUGGAGGGAGAAUGGCGGCCAGUGGACGAAAAAAACUUCUGCAGCUGGUGACCCGGUUUGGGGUGCUUCUUCUCACUCGUUGCCCAUUUUGGUUUUGUUUCAGUCAACUCAUGUUGUAUGCUGAGCGCGCUGAGGCCAAGAGGAAACCAGAUAUUCCUGUGCCCUACUUGUACUUUGACCUAGGCGUGGCAGUGCUCUGCGCCAGUUUCAUGUCCUUUGGUGUAAAACGGCGUUGGUUUGCACUAGGUUCUGCUCUCCAGUUGGCCAUUGGCACCUAUGCAGCACAUGUUGGGGGACACGUCCAUUACGGAGACUGGCUGAAGGUCAGAAUGUAUUCUCGAACCAUUGCUGUUAUUGGUGGCUUCUUAGUCUUGGCAAGCGGUGCUGGAGAGAUAUACAGACAGAAGCCUCGCAGUCGUUCCCUACAGUCCACUGGGCAAGUCUUCCUGGGCAUCUACCUCAUCUGUCUGGCAUACACUCUUCAGCUCAGUAAGGAGGACCGCCAAUCCUAUUUGGACAUCCUCCCAGGAGGAGAACCAGCCCUGCAGAUUCUCUUUGUCUUGUACGGAGUGUUGGCAUUGUCCUUCCUGUCUGGGUACUAUGUUAGGUACUCUGCCCAGGUUCUUGCUGUUCUGCUUCCCUUUUCCCUACUCCUCAUAGAUGGAAAUCUGGGCUACUGGCACAAUAAUCGCCGCGUGGAGUUCUGGAACCAAAUGCGAAUGAUAGGGCAGAAUGUUGGCAUUUUUGGAGUGGCAGUCAUAGUGGCCACUGAUGGCUGAUCAGAAUAUAUAGAACAUUUGUAAUUCUUAAAAGUACAGAGGGAGCGAACGUGUCUAUUACCAUUCACACAUUACAGAAUAUUUUAUAAAUGAUUUUCAGACUUCUCGCUUUUCCCCCAAGAUUUGCUUUGAUAUAUAAAGCUCAGAGUCCAUAGUGCUCCACCUGGAGUCAGCUGCAUAGUAUUGUGCCCAUCCUGGCGUUACAUGAAGACAUCUAUACAGAGAGUGACCAUGGACCUAACACUCGGAGAGAAAACUUCCAAUUUCCUGUUGAUUUCUACAGCAUUUCUGUUUAGAGACUUCUCCUUCAGCAAUGCCUUUGAACUCUAAGAAUUUACAUCCCCAGCAAGAGCUGUUGGUUGGUUCCCAUAUGCUGCAUAUACAAUAUAGAGUACCUUGAAUCCAUCUGUUAUGCGUCCAGCCUCGGUAGCAUUCAGUCACUGGUGGAACACCGUUCAUGAUGCAGGGUUCAGUGAUACUUUGAAUGAAAGGGCUGCAAUGACUAAUUAGUCCCAAUUUAUUUUAUAUUUUCAGUCCAGUAUUCAAAAUAAACAAUGUUUAUACUCCUAUAAGGGAACCAGUUACCCCUGUUGCAGCAUAGUAUAAGCAGCUUGCUGUAGAGUAAUAGAAAUUGCUGUGAGAAAGACAUACAUGUGUCAGCUUGUGAGAAUUAUUUAUAUUGUGUUCUUUGCUAGAUGUGAGCCGUGCCUAGAAUUUCACAUAGAGCUGUACAUUUUUAUUUAUCUUAUUUUUUUUAAUGAAAGACUAAAAACUGAAUUGCCUUCA